AUGUAUCGCGUAAUAUUCCAACCCUCUCCACCGCGAAAUCAGCUCAAAGUGGGGCCUAUUGUACUCACUACUAAUUAUCUCCAAAAUCACCGCCUUCGGGCCCGCCGACACUACAUGGGUCAGGCCCGCUCCAUGCGCCCCAAUAAUAACAUCCGCAUCCUGUAUGGCCCGAACCUGCUCUUUCAUCGCCAUAUGGGCAAAAAGCCCAUUUACGACCCUCGUUUGGACCUUACCACCGUGACGCGGGUGGGCGAGAUAAUCCUCCCGCCGGACGAAAAGGAUGUUGAGGCCUGCGGAGGGCGUUUUGGUAAUUUGGUGACGGUCGACUGGGAAUCCGAAGGCGGCGCGUAUCAUCUCGCCGAAUUCUGUGAGUCGGGCAGUUUUGUGGGAAUCGGGGGUUUCAUAUCCAAGUGGGACAAGAAUGACGUGGCGAAAACAGAUAGGGUAGCAUACCUCACAGUGGCCGUCCACAAAAACCAAAUGUGGCCGAUUGGGCAAGCCAGUGACUCUGGAAGCUACAUAUGUACUGUACCAAUCUGUAACCCCGGAUGUGAAAAACUAACCUCAGAGCAAACGAAUUCAGAGGCAUCAAGUAUCCGAAUUGAAUCGAUCAGAGCACGCAUGGUAUGCCUGCCAAUAGCACCUUGUGGCACAUAUCUAUCCAAGAAACCCUCGUCCACCAACUUCUCCCCAGCUCUCGAUCUGUCACUGGCCUCAAUUUCAAAAGCCCCACUUGCGAAAUUCGGCAAUUCUUCAUCUUCCCCUCUCCCAAUCACGCUCUCCAAAUUUUCCCCACCUCUGGACAUGAAAAUCCUAUCGGGAUCCAUCCGAAUCCUGCCCCCUUCACAUAUCGAGCUCCGGAGUAAACACCUGAACCAGCCGCCUCUGGCUGAGGAGAAUUUCCGGUGGGGAUCUGCGCUGGGUCUCAAAGGAUCGACGCGCUCGGAGAACCCGUUCCCGAAAUACGCCUCGCACGAUUGGGGAGGCGCUUUAUGGCCGUCACACGACCAGGGCAGGCCAGGGUUUAACGGAGAGAGGAUGGUGGGGCGGGGAGCGAUCUUCCGGCGUGGGCCGUUCUUGGGACGGCGGCGGGCGGUGGUUGUCGGGGUGCGAAGAGAAGUAGAGGUAGAGAGAGAUGGAGUUGAGAGUGAAGAGGGAGAGCAGGAUUUUCAGCGCUUUACUGUUCAU